CCCGCAACGGGGGUUCACGAGUAAUCCUUAGCACAAAUACAUAGGUUAGGCGUAAUAUAAUAAUAUUAAUUAUGUUAAUUUACCUAAGGAUUGGUCCGUCGGGAAGGAGUUUAAGGAGUUGAUCCUUAGCUACGUGGCAACAUCUGAGUGGGACGGGCUCGGUUUGUUUUUGGGUUUGGUUAAAAAAAAUUGGUCAUUCUCGACCGUGAUUGAAAAAAAAUCGAGAGCUCGACGAAAGGCGAUAUUUUGGCGAUUGAAACUGAUCGUCUUCACGAAGGUUAACCAAAAUGGGACAAGAUUACAGCUACUCCCAGCCUUCUUCAUCAUCAAACUCUCUAGACAUGAGCUCCCUUCUUGAAGCAGAAGCUAAGCUGUACGCGGAUGAAGCUGAGAGUCCCUACUGCAAUGCAGAGCCGGAUCAGUUCCCACCUCAACGAGAGCCUGAUGAUGGAAUCCCGACGGCAUGCUACUGUGGUGCUCAGCCUGUUGUCGAAUGCUCUUACACACCAAAAGAUCCAUACAGAAGAUACUUCACGUGCACCAAUGUCGAUGAUGGGGACUGCCACAUAUGGAAAUGGUGGGAUGUGGCUUUAAUGGAGGAGAUGAGUGAGUUUCAGAGACAUCUCAGGCAGCUCAAGGAUAGUCCUAGUGAGUCUGUUGUCGAGCCUGUUGUCGAGUCUGCUGCCGAGUCUGGUGUCAGGAGGAAGUGGUCUCCGAAGGAGGAUAAGAUCCUUAUUGGCGCUUGGCUUAACACCAGUAAGGAUCCCGUCGUCAGCAAUGAGCAGAAAGCUGGUGCUUUCUGGAAGCGGAUUGUAGAUUACUACAACGUAAGCCCGCAGCUGGUUGGGACAGUACCGAGAGAGGUUACCUCUUGCAAGCAGAGGUGGGGUAGGAUUAACACUGACGUAUCCAAGUUCGCUGGAUGCUAUGACGCGGCUCUGAGGGAGCAGAGAAGUGGCCAAAAUGAUGAUGAUGUGAUGAAAGCUGCCUUAGACAUCUUCUUCAGUAAUAACGAGUACAAGUUCUCCAUGGAUCACUGCUGGAGGGAGCUUAGGCAUGACCAGAAAUGGUGCUCUUCCUAUGGGCCUAAGGACGGUGGAAAGGAAAAGCGCAAACAAGUGUUGGAGGUUGAUAGAGAAGAAGAGCAAGUCGGAGAACCAGAGGGUGAGCUUGAUAGAGAAGAAGAGCAAGUCGGAGAACCAGAGGGUAGACCUCCCGGGGUAAAGGCUGCCAAAGCUGGUAGUAAGAAGAAUAAAAGUGGUAGAGAGGAGGAGUUGGGAAAGCUUCAGGGGGUUUUAGAAGUCAAAGAAAAACUCUCUAGAGCUAAGAUUCUUGAUCGUUUACUCGCGAAAAAAGAGCUUUUAACUGAGAUGGAAACAAGUCUUAAAAUGAAACUAAUGUCUGAAAUGCUUUGA